ACGCCUGCCGCCUGCCUCCAGUAGCUGCCUGCCGCCGCGCCAGUCGCACGUCCCGGUACGACCUGUCCCGAGUACCGCUCUCCCAGUGCCGCCGCAGCCUCGCCGCCUCGCGACACGCCGUCCGUGCCACCGCGCUGCCGGCAUAACAAACUAACGCACGGUGUCCUUUCUAUACAUAGUGUUUCAUCACUUUACACCGGGACCGCAUCAAGCCGCGCUCGCAUUCACAUUCCUGUGAUCAAGGAAGACGAACAUAAAGAAAUUCUAAGUAAUAGAAUCUACCUAUCUACUAGUGGAGGAGUUUGAAUAAUGUGGUCGGGCACGCGCCCGGUGGGUGUCCACGUCGGGCAGUGUACUUAGUAGCGGAUGCGUGUGUGGUGGCGGGCGCGGGCGGCGGUGAUCAUGCGGGUGUGCUGUGUGACCACUGUGCUGGCAGCGUUGGCGCUGCAAACGGUGGCCGAACCGGCGCCGCGCCGCUUCUCAACCGAGUGGCGCGGCGGCCGUGAACUGCAAAUACGUUCACGACCAUUGCAUGAGAUCUUUGAGCCGGAUACACCUACAACAGAGACGGAACGAACCUACGUACAACAUCAGCCUAUGCACAAGGACCGACGCAGGAUGCGUAACAAUAAACGAGCGCCGCACUUACCUGCCGAGCUCGCAAGCCAAAUGAUGUUACGCGCCUCGCGUUCCGGUCGACCUUACGAUGUUCCUCAAAUAGAAUGUCCGCCAGCGGCUGACGGAAUGGAACGAUUUGCUUGUCCAACUCCGGACAGGCAGGGUCGCUAUCGCUGUAUCGAUGAUCACGUACUUUGCGACGGGUUCAUCGACUGUCCUAACGGUGAAGAUGAGGAUCGACAAGCGUGCAUGUUUUAUAAAACGACAAAAGCCCACCUAGAUGUUCUGGCCGACGCGCUCCUGCGGUGGGCGCGCGGCCGUUAAGUGAAGCACCCCUACCGGACCCUGAACCUGCAGAGCUGACCUUAAUACAUUCCAACGGCGCUGCACAAAUAGACUGACAAUUAAUCGGAAAUGUGCAACCGCGUUCAGUGAAUUCCCAUUAGAAGUAUUUGGACGCAACCAGUCAUAUUAACUAGGAAAUGCGAUGAGCGUAAUGAAACAUAUCAAGUAGUGGUGCAAUCUGACAAAAACAUAACCACUUAAAGUGUAGUGUAAGGAUUCCGUCAGCGGACUGAUCCGAAACUGAAAACGAUAGGAACCGUUGUAAUGCGUGAGCGCGGAAUGUACGAAUAACAUGUCAUCGAGAGUAAGCUAGUAAUGCGACCUGGUUACGUCCUAAUAAUCUCUCUGCAGCUGAUUUAUUUCUCAUUUCGUACCUUCUAGCACUUAUUAAACUAAAAUGUGAGACUGGUAGUCGACAUUGUUAGUCGGUAGAACUUACAUAAUAUACAUAAAUAAAUAUUUUAGAAAUUAUAAUUCUUCAUUUGACGAAAAAUAAAUGUUAUUAUGUAUCUAUCGUUAAAGUAUUUAUUCACUCAAUCUAUUUAUUCUAUAUUAAGUUAUUUAAUUCCUUAUUAUGAGGGUUGUAAAGUAAAUAAGAGAUCGGUAAAUAUGUGUAUAUAGCUAAACCUAAUGAAAUAUUUGUGUUACAAUUAUUCGGCCUAUUUUUCGAAAACGGUGACUGUUUUCAAUACUAAAAUACUUUUGUGAGCAGUCACCGAAUGCAAGACUUAUUUUCAUUUUGUCAUAUUAUAUAAUAUGUUAGUAUCAUGAAAAUAUGUGAAAACAAACCUUUGAAACGAAGCGACUUCAUUCAGGCAGCUAAUAAUAUAUUUAAAUAAUCCUAUAAAUUCAAUAAAUUAUCCAUUGUUUUAUGUAUUUAUGUGUGUAUUUAUAAAUUAUGUAGAAUUUCAAAUAAUUAGCAUAAAAAGCUAUGACUGAAAGAUCUCCUUAGAAUAAUUUGCCGAAGAAGUCUGAGUUAUUAUAUCGAGUCUUUAGUAUUACUUCUUAUUUGUACUUACGUUCAGAAAUUUGCGAUAUAAAAUUAUUUUAUAUUUUGCAAUUCUCAAACAACGCAUUUAUGUUUUAAGAUUUAUAAAAUAAUUGAAUUUAAACAAUUACUGCAUGUGCAUUAAACGAUAAAAUUCAAUGGCGAAUUUAAUAAAUGAUUUAUUUAUUUUAUAACUUAAUAAU